GAGUUCAAAGAGGCUUUCGGUCUGUUUGACCACAACGGAGACGGUUCCAUAGAGGCUGCUGAACUGGGAGUGGUCAUGCGGUCCCUGGGACAGAGGCCUACAGAAGCCGAGCUGGUCAAUAUGAUUAGACUCGUUGACCAAGACGGUAAUGGUACGAUCGAGUUCAACGAGUUCUGCUUUAUGAUGUCGAACAAAAUGAAGGAGAGGGACAGUGAAAAGGAGCUAAAAGAAGCUUUCCGCGUGUUCGACAAGAAUGGCGACGGUUUCAUAUCUGCACCAGAACUGCGACAUGUUAUGACCAACCUGGGCGAGAAGCUGACAGACGAAGAGGUCGAGGACAUGAUAAAAGAAGCAGACCUGGACGGAGAUGGCCUCGUCAACUAUGAUGAAUUUGUGAACAUCCUGACGGGCAAGCAAUGAUCAACGGAAAUCAUCAUUCUGUACAUAUUUUUGCCAACAAGAUAAAAGAUCACUUCUGCUCCAAGACUUCUGUUCCCCACCCUGGACAUUGAAAAGCUAUGAUGCUCAAUUGAGUCCCAAAUUCCGAAGAACUUGGUUCGUCGUGCUAUUUUUUUAUGAGGACAUGGACAGCACCGCUAGAAUUCCUUAAUACUGAUCUUGGAUUCCCUUCCCCAAGAUAACACUCAUUAUGCUAGUAACUUGAUCCAAUAUCAUUUUCCUAGUUUUAGAAGCUAUUAGAUUAUAAUUUUUUUUUUUUUUAAAUUUAUUUAUUGCUCAUUCGGAUAAACAGUACCGUGAUAUGAGUUUAGUAAAAUUUCCAUCCAUUUUGUUCAAUCAUUGAUUAAAUAACAUCCAAAAAUGUAACCAAAAAGUUUAAAAAAUAGUACUUCUAAAAGUAGGCACAUCAUUACGCCAGUUCAAGAGAAGUUAAACCAAAAUCCAUACUGCUUUAUUAAAAAGUAUUUCAGUACUUUCCUGUGCUGCCUGCAAAAUUAGAUCUGUUUGGCUUUGGUCUGCGGGUGGCUUAGUUGGCAAA